AUGAAGGGUGUGAGCAGAUUUGGCCAGGUGAGCAAGCUUAGUCCAAGGUAUGUUGGACCUUUUGAAAUCUUGGAAAGGAUUGGAAAAUCUGCUUACCGACUGUUGCUUUCUGAUUCGAUGCCUGACGUGCAUAACGUGUUUCACGUAUCCACUUUGAGGAAGUGGUCUGACUCUGGGAAGAAGCUGUCAGCUGACGAGGUUGAGAUUCAGGAGAAUCUGGCGAACAAGGAAGAGCCAGAGUUGAUUUUGGCGUACGACGUCCGAAAGCUACGAAGUAAACAGAUUCCGAUGGUUAAAGUCCAGUGGAAGCACCUUACUGCACGGGAAGAUACUUGA